AACUAAUCACAAAUUCUAUGUCAACAGGUUUGCCAAACAAUGUGUCAAUUAGUUUUUAAUUCAAAUUUUAAUUAAUUAAUUUUGGUGUCAUUUUAUAUAUUUGAUUUACACAAUAAAAUAUUAAUUUAUAUAAUCUAUUAAUUAUAAUAUAUUUGUGUAGAUAUGGGCUCAAGAAUUGGUUGCCAUAUGUCUACAAAAAGGGUGCAAUAAUGUCAUCCAAUGUUAAGAAUGGCACUCAAGAGGAAUAUCCGAAGGACUCGUUCGACAGAUUCGGUGAUGACUUGUGUGGACUCGCAAUAAUGUCAUCCAAUGUUAAGAAUGGUACUCAAGAGGAAUAUCCGAAGGACUCGUUCGACAGAUUCGGUGAUGACUUGUGUGGACUCGUGUUGUCUUAUCUGUCACUGAAAGACAGCUUCAGAUAUGAAUGUCUGUCCAAACAGUGGAUGAGAACUGUAUUCAUACGAAGGAAUACCUUCUCUGUGUAUGAGUUAUGGCAGAAAACCAAGUGGCUGUUAGAAGAUUACAAUAAGAAGAUUAACUCAAACAAUUAUCCGUUGACUAUCACUACAAAGAGUUUGACAAUCAAUGGUCACAACUCCAGAGAUAUCGACUGCAAGUCCGGUGUGAAAAUGAUGUCAAAGAUUACGAAGACUACACUUAAGACUACUUACAAC